GUGGACACGGAACGCGUCGGCUUUCCCUUCUCUCCUCGCCCUCGUGUCCUCCUCUCUUUCAAGGCAAGAAGAGACGUUGCUCUCUCCUUCUCGCUUUAAAAGGCGAAGACAAAGAAAGAAGAGAUCAAUUCACUCUGGGAGCGAUUGAUCCGGGUUCCACUCAAGGAAAACAAGCAAACUACUCUUCGAUCGUUGGGCGCUGUUGUUUUCACGGUCGGGAAAGUGGGCGGUGUGUUAAUUAGAGACGAAGGGUUGCUCGUGAAGGUGGUUGUAAGCAUCUGGAAUCAUGAGUUUUGUUUUCCGGGGAAGCAGGGCAGACAUCGAGAGUGGAUUCCCCGGGUUCAUCCCGGAGAGGCGCGCUGCGCGUAUGCAUCCGGUUGGUCGGCCUGUUAAUACCAACUCCAUGGCUUUUCUCGUCACUGUGCUUUUGCUGUUCAUGAUAUUGAAUUCACAUCAGAUGUCACCAAACUUUCUGCUUUGGCUAGUGUUGGGUGUGUUUCUCAUGGCUACCAGCCUUAGGAUGUAUGCCACAUGCCAGCAACUCCAAGCCCAAGCCCAAGCUCAUGCUGCAGCUGCCAGUGGCUUGCUUGGGCAUACUGAAUUGCGUCUCCAUGUGCCACAAUCCAUAGCCUUUGCGACAAGAGGGCGAUUGCAAAGCCUUAGGCUCCAACUUGCUCUUCUUGACCGGGAGUUUGAUGAUUUAGAUUAUGAUGCUCUGAGAGCGCUAGAUGCUGAUAAUGCUCCUGAUGCUCCUUCUAUGAGCGAGGAAGAAAUUAAUGCUCUUCCUGUACACAAGUACAAAGCUCAGUUGCAUAAGGGCUCUGCAUCAAGCCGACAGAGUGAUGGGUCAUCACUGCAACAGGCAUCCUCAUCUUCUGCAUCUAUAAAUGAGAAGAAGCAGGAUAGCGUCAAAGCAGAUGGGAGUAUGAAAACCUCAGAAGAUGAACUGACAUGCACUGUUUGCUUGGAGCAAGUUAACACGGGAGAACUGAUAAGAAGCUUACCAUGCUUGCAUCAGUUUCAUGUGAACUGUAUUGAUCCAUGGUUGCGCCAGCAAGGCACAUGCCCUGUCUGUAAACAUAGGGUGAGCUCUGGGUGGCAUGAAAGUGGUGAUGGUGAGAUGGAUGCAUCUCGUAUGGUUUAGUACAUGGAUAUGCUUUGGUACUAUUGCGACACCGAAGAUCAUGUGUCUAAGUAUGUAGGUAAGCAUGUGGGUGUACUAGAUAUGGAUACACACUCAUAUAAACAACCUAUGCAGCAUGUAACUAAAAAUGCCUGUGGGUUUAGUCAGUCUGUAUUUGGCCUAAAUAUAGUUAAAGUUAUGCAGUCACAUUUUUAUAUUGUAUUGACAUCAACUGUAUUAGAUGAAUACCAGGUCAUUUAGUCAAAAGUUCUUCUUGAAAAUUUGUGCUUGCAUUGUAAUGGAUGGAUGCUGAUGCGGGAGUUUUGUUCUUAA